CGGUGGCGGCGGCGACUCUCUGGUGCCCGUUUCCGGUUCCGCCUGCCGGUUUCCUUCCCUCGCUCGGUUCCUUUCGGCGCCCGCCCGCCUCUCCCUUCUUCCCGGCCUCCCUUCCUUCUCCCGGCCCGGCGGGGCCCGCGCCUGCCCGAAGCCAUGGGGGCCUACCUGUCGCAGCCCAGCACCGCCAAGAGCUCCGGGGACGGCGCCGGGGACGGGCCUCGCCCGCUGCGCUUCGGCUUCAGCGCCAUGCAGGGCUGGCGGGUCUCCAUGGAGGACGCCCACAACUGCAUUCCGGACCUGGACGGCGAGACCGCGAUGUUCUCCGUCUACGACGGCCAUGGAGGGGAAGAGGUCGCUCUGUACUGUGCCAAGUACCUCCCAGAAAUAAUCAAGGACCAGAAAGCGUACAAAGAGGGCAAGCUGCAAAAGGCUCUUGAGGAUGCCUUUCUGGCAAUCGAUGCGAAGCUGACAACUGAAGAGGUGAUCAAGGAACUGUCACUGAUGGCAGGUCGACCCCGAGAUGAUGGGGAGGAGAAGGAGGAAAAGGUGGCUGAUGAAGAUGAUGUGGACAACGAGGAGGCUGCCUUGCUGCAUGAGGAGGCCACCAUGACCAUUGAGGAGCUGCUCACGCGCUAUGGCCAAAACUGUGUCAAGGGCAAGUUGGGGACCCCCAGCAAAGACCCAGCCCAAGAAGAGGCACAGAAAGGGCGGGGCCUGAAUGGGGAGGUGGACGCGGAGGAGCUGCUGAGGCACCGCCAGGAGGAGGAGGAGGAGGCAGCCAACGGCCAGGCAUGCCCCAAGUCCUCCAGCGCCUGCCCUGGCCCAGACGUGGCUGGCGGGGGGGAUGCUGCUGCUCCUUCCCAGAAAAAGGCUGCCGAGGGAGGGGCAGCCUCCAGCACAGGCGAAGCAGAACCAUCCUGCUCCUCCGCAAGCAAGGCCCAGCGGGGGGCUAAGUCCAAGUUCUUUGAGGACAGCGAGGAGGAGGAAGAGGAGGAAGAAGAAGAGGAGGAGGAGGAGGAGGAAGAGGAAGAAGAGGACAGCGAGGAAUGCAGCGAGGAUGAGGAUGGUUACAGCAGCGAGGAGGCAGAAAACGAGGACGAAGACGACACUGAGGAAGCUGAGGAGGAUGAGGACGAAGACAUGAUGCUCCCAGGCAUGGAAGGCAAGGAGAAGCCCGGCUCUGACAGCGGCACGACGGCAGUGGUGGCACUAAUCCGGGGCAAGCAGCUGAUUGUGGCCAACGCUGGAGACUCUCGCUGCGUUGUGUCGGAGGGCGGCAAAGCUGUGGACAUGUCCUACGACCACAAGCCGGAGGACGAGGUGGAGCUGGCCAGGAUAAAGAACGCUGGUGGGAAAGUGACCAUGGACGGCCGGGUGAACGGGGGCCUGAACCUCUCCAGAGCCAUUGGCGACCACUUCUACAAGCGCAACAAGAACCUGCCCCCGGAGGAGCAGAUGAUCUCUGCGCUGCCGGAUAUCAAGGUGCUGACAAUCAACGAGGACCACGACUUCAUGGUCAUUGCCUGCGACGGCAUCUGGAAUGUCAUGAGCAGCCAGGAGGUGGUGGACUUUGUCCAGUCCAAGAUCACCCAGAAGCAGGAGAAUGGAGAACUGCGCUCCCUUUCAUCCAUAGUAGAAGAGCUCCUGGACCGCUGCCUGGCUCCAGACACGUCUGGGGACGGGACCGGCUGCGACAACAUGACCUGCAUCAUCAUCUCCUUCAAGCCUCGCCCCACCCCAGGGCCCCCGGCCGAGGGCGGCAAGCGGAAACUGGAGAAGGAAGAGGAGGAGGAGGAGGAGAGCAGCAGCAGCAGCAGGACAGGGGCGGCGGCAGCAGAGGUGGCAGAGGCAGCCCCCUCGGCCCCCACGGAAGAGAGCUGCAGCAAGAAGGCCAGGCAGGACUAGCAGCGCCCUUGUCGGGCUGGGAAUCGCCUGAGCUCGCCCUGGACUCUUGUUUUCUAAGCGACGCUGAACUCUUGGUGCCAGAGUUAGGCCUUUUUUAGCCUUAGGGAGGCCCAGUUUGUCUGUGUCAUUUGGAGGAGGGGGUUCCCGGGGGUCCCACUUGCUGUUCUUGGCAACCAUUCCGAAGAGGGAAUGGCGGGGGGAGGUCCAGGGCCCCGAAGGCGGCCUCCCCACUCCCCCCAUCCCCCCGCAGUGUCUCUCCAAGUGGUUGUUGCCAUUUCCGUGCCUGUGAUGUUUCUGUUGGAGGGAAGCAGUUUUUCAUUGUCGAGGUUUCUCAGCUGCCCCCUAUUUAAGGCCUCUCGGGUUUUUUUUAUUUGUGGGAUUGGCGCCCACCCACCCCCCUUCCCAUGUUGGCCGCCAAGCCUCACUAUCUUUCAACUGAGAUUUUUCAAACUAAAAUCCCAAAAACUGAA